GAAAAAAAAAAACAAAGGGGCAGCAAGCAUCCUAGUAUUGUUAUCUGCAAUGGCAGUUGCUCCUCUUCGUCUCCGCUAUCUCUUCCCAAACCACACAAACCUCAACUUCUCUCUUUUCAAACCCAAUGUGUUGUCACUCACAUCAUUUUCCCUCUCUCCUAUUUCUUCUUCUUCUUCUUCUCUUUCUCAAAAACAAUAUCUUCCUCUCCAUUCCUGCAGGUGCUCCUCCAUCGCCCCCGUCUCCACAACCACCUACGAGUUUUCCGAUGGUUCUGCAGAGGUGGAGUUAAGACUAAAAAUAGGAGGUUUGGAUAUUCGAAGCUCCAGAGACAUAUCAGUUGAUACACACGAUACUUCAUUAGCUAUCAGAGUGUUGCGGCAAGGAGCUCCCAUCACACUUAUAGAAACUAAUCCUCUUUUUGAUAGGAUUAAAUCCUCUGAAACAAUAUGGUAUAUAGAUGAUGACGAACUUGUCCUGAGCUGCAAGAAACAGGACCCGGAUUUGAAAUGGCCUGACAUCAUGGAGUCGUGGGAAUCACUUGCUGCAGGAUCUUCACAAUUCUUGCAAGGAACAUCAAUAUAUCUUGUUGGUGAUUCAACAGAAAUCAACCCAGGAGGACGGAUGAGCUGGUUGAUGGUCCUAACGCUGCGUAUAUGAGCUCUGCUGUUCUUGAUAGAUGGGAAGAUAGAUUGCACGACAUUUUCAACGGGCAUCCCUAUGAUAUGCUUGAUGCUGCUCUUACUGAUACCCUCUCCAAGUUUCCCUUGGAUAUCAAGGUACACACCACUUAGCACAAAAGAGUUAUUGGAAACAUAUACCAAGCAGACUGUGGAUUCAUGUGAGCGCCAUUUCUAUGCCUUGCUUCUUAUUCACAAAGCCUUCUAUUUUUUUUCUCAUGCUGCAGAUUCCUGACAAACAUAGUGACUUAAAGAAUUGUUCUCAGAGAUUCUAUUUUUUUCUCAGAGACUCUAUUUAUGAAUUGUUCUGAUAAUGAGUUGUAAAAUAAU